AUGAGUGAUAUCACCGUCCGACAAGCCCCUAAGCCAGGAAACAAAGACAACAAAAACGAUGCGCGUGCAAGAAACCGUGUAAGAGUCUGGGAGGAGAUGUCGCAAGACUGGCGACCAAAUCCUGAAAUGAGUCUUGUCACUCGGGAUCACCAAUUUCAAGAUGUUGGAGAUAGAUCCAGCGGCCGUCACUACAGAGCUCACAGAAGCCCAUCAUCAUCUGGAGCAAGUCCCGUUCGUGAGGUCCUCAUAAUACGCCGACCCUCCAGCAAUUCAGAUGAAACGCACGGAAACGAUAAGGCUGGUCCACCAACGCAGACAAACCUUGACGCCAUUUACAAUAGUAAAAACUCGAAAGACAUCACGGUUCAUUUGGAACUCGAUAUCUUCAGUGACUUGGAUGACGAACUAGAAGAGUUCAAUAGGCUGGUCCGUCAAGGUUCGUUCAAGAAUGCGCAGUCCUUCUUCGAUCAGUAUCUUGCGUCACACAAAUCCAAUCCGUGGGUUUUUGUACAGUACGCCGAGAUGUUGAUUGAAAUGGGCGACUACAAGUCAUUCCAUGAUUUGGACCACAACCAGAUUUUCUUUCAGCAUGGAACGACUACAGUGGAAAAUGAAGCAUUGGAAAUGCUCGAACGCAACUGGAAGCUGUUGAAAGUAACUGGACUGAGACACAGCCAUUUUUCCAUGAAGCAAAUAAGGGAUCAUGUUCCAACGCUGGGAGAGACGGUGGCACUAUCAGACAAUCCUGGCUCGACAGAGAUCAAAAUUGCCUGUCUUACAUUGGACACUGCUGGGAUUCGGGCCAUGAGGGAUACCUAUUCUUCCCUCUAUUCCGAAUCAAGAUUCGGCGUCCGGGCGGAUUGGGAGAAAGUAUAUCGGAAUCUCCUGAGGCAAGGACGUAUAUGGGACUUUAGAGACCUGUUCAUAGCACUCUGGGAUACUCAUGGCACCAGUCAAACCGAGAAGAUCCUUUUUGGCGGAAGAAGCAUAUUUGAAGUUAUCCUCACUGAUUGGUCAGCCCCUGACGGCGAUGAAUCAACACUACUUGCCUCAUUGGACAUCUUGACGAAUCUGAUGAUUGAGUCACCUGCUAGUGAGGAAAUUACGCCGUUUCUUGAAGCGUGUCUGUUGUCAGCUCAAGAUAUUGGCGAAUCGAUCAUGAAGAGGUUCCCCGAUAGUACUCGCACCCGUCCGUUUCUAUUAUGGAUCCUUGCUCAAUCAUCGAUCUCUGCCCGACGAGGAGGUGAGCAGCCAAUGGGCCACAUCAACUCUGGUAACUAUGUGGGUAUGGCUUGGUAUCCCGUUCAUAUCGGGCUUCCUUUCUAUAUCCCUUUCCGCCAGGAGAUACCAGACUGGACACCCCCAGACUUGACUUCAGAUUCUUUCGAACCCCUUGAGAUGGUUAUGAAGGCUGCAAAGGAGAAUAAAGACUACAUUACACAGGGACUUUGUCUCAAGGAAAUUGCUGUGCGGCGCCAAGAUCCAACGUCAACGCUUUCGGAACUUGUUCAGCUCGAGAAAGAAAUACAACAUGAUAAUCAAGCUUACUUGCAAACCUGUCUGGCAAAGUAUUUAUUCUCCAAGGACAAAGACAGUAGGGAACACCUUCUCAAGGAACUGGGCGAUGUUAAGCCUUCAGGCAUCCCUGAAGAGCUACUUUUCCCGAAGAUGGCUUGUGCAAGAGACAUCAUCUAUGAAGCCUUGAAGCCGCUUCCAAAGAACCAUACAGAGAAUAGUGUUGAGUCAGGCGCUCGUUUCUGUGGAAGAUCAAAUGACCCUUUGUGGGAGUUCAUUAGGUAUCAUUCAAAGUACUUUGAAGACUGCCAUAGGGAUCGGCGUCGUGAAUCAUUCCGAGAGAGACCUUUUCUCCAUAGCCGUCGCGAAUAUGAUGACAGAUCGCUCAGUGAGACGAGGGAUGGCCCAGCACACCCCCCAGAUCGAAUCGACAGGGAGACGCGUAUUGAGACUGGUGAGAUGCAUUCUGAGGCAGGUUCACCUUUAGUUCGUCGCCAAACCUUCAUGCCAAUUCUUGAAGAUGUCUCAGACCACGGCGAAGAGUAUCAACCGAACUAA